AUGGGAAUUCGGACGGUGGCAGUUUAUUCUAAAGCAGAUGCUGAUGUAUUGCAUGUGCGUCAAGCGGAUAAGUCGGUUCUUAUUGGGGACGCCCUUCCAACGGAAAGUUAUCUAAAUAUUUUCGCAAUUAUAGACGCUGCUAAAAAAACAAAGGUGGAGGCGAUCCAUCCAGGGUAUGGAUUUUUAGCAGAAAAUGCUGAUUUUGCAGAGGCUAUUCAAGCCGCAGGAUUUUUUUUUGUUGGGCCUGCCCCAGAAGUGAUUCGUCAAAUGGGUGAUAAGGUUCAGGCUCGCUUGUGUGCAAAUAAUGCACAGGUUCCUUGUAUUCCAGGCGUUGAUAAGUCCCUCUCUUUAGAAGAGGUUAAACAGUUCGCAGGAGAGUAUGGCUUUCCCAUUUUGCUAAAAGCAAUUUCUGGUGGUGGUGGAAAGGGGAUGCGUCGAGUCAACCAUUCUGACGAUUUAGAAGCCGCUUAUAAAAGCACAGUUCGAGAGGCACAGGCGAGCUUUGGAGAUGGGCGCGUUUACGUAGAAAAAUACAUUGAAAAUCCUCGGCACUUAGAAGUGCAGAUUUUAGGGGAUGGUCAGGGAAAAGUUGUUCAUUUGGGAGAAAGGGAAUGUUCUGUUCAACGCCGUCAUCAAAAGAUUUUAGAAGAAACUCCCAGUCCUUCUAUUUCAGAUUCUCUUAGGGAAAAACUUUUAUCUGCGGCUGUUCAACUGGGGCAGCAUGUGCGUUAUGGGUCGGCAGGAACUGUAGAAUUUGUUGUUGAUGGGGAAGAAAAUUUUUACUUCCUCGAAAUGAAUACACGGCUUCAAGUAGAGCAUACGGUUACCGAGAAAAUAACAAGGAUUGAUAUUGUUGAGUGGAUGUUGCGUUUGGCUUCUAACGAAGCAUUCAGUUUAUCACAGUCUGACAUUACUUUUUCAGGGCACUCCAUUGAAGCGCGCCUUUAUGCAGAAGAUCCCACAGUUGGCUUUCUUCCCUCUAUUGGGAAACUUGUUCAUUUUGAAGCAGAGCAAAAAGAAGGAAUCCUUAUAGAGUCAGUGGUUGAGGGGGGCAGUGAAGUGACCCCGUUUUAUGACCCGAUGAUCGCGAAAGUGAUUUCUUACGGAGCAUCCCGAAAACAGGCUUUAGAGUAUUUGGAUAGGUGUUUGGAAAGAUUGAUUGUUAGAGGUGUUCAUACAAAUAGACUCUUUUUAAGAGAAAUUUUAAACCAUACAGAUUUCCAAAAAGGGCAUGUUUCAACACACUUUAUCGCAGAUUAUUUUGGAGAUGCUUUUAAACCCAUCCCCACCUCUAAUCAAAGAGAAACCUUCUUAGCAAUUGCCCUUUGCUUGCAGUCGAAGCAGACAGGCCAGACAAGCUUUGUGUUGCAAAUUCAAGGAGAAGAAGAGCGCGUAAAAGCAUCUAUACAAGGAUCGACCUUAAUUAUCGGGGAGUCAGAAAAAGCCCAUUCUGUUUCACUAGAUUGGAUUCCAGGAUGGCCUUUAGGAACUCUAAUCUUGGAUGAAGUUGAACAUGUUUUUCAGGCUUUCCCCCUUGACAAUCAUUUGGGGUGGAAAGUGUCUCAGGGAGUUUUUGAG